ACAAUAGUCAAAUUGGCUUGAUCACUUUCUAUAUAUAGAUACGAACCCCGUGACCCUAUUUCACAUUCCUCAAAAGCUCUCCCUUCUCCAUUAAUUAGAGCAAUGGCUUCUAAGCUCUUUUCUCUUGUAACAUUUUCUUCAUUUCUCAUUAUUUUCAAUCUCCUUAGCUCUCCGUCUUUAGCAGAUGUCCCUCUAAACACUCCUCUCCCACCAGAAACAAUCUGCAAAUCCACCCCACACCCUUCUUAUUGCAUAUCUGUUCUUCCCCACAAAAAUGCCAAUGUCUAUGACUUUGGCAGGUUUUCAGUCCAACAUGCUCUUUCCCAAUCCCAUAAGCUCUUUGAUUCAAUUGAAAAGUAUCUUCAAAGUAGCUCAGCUUUGCCACAGCCAGCAAUCCAAGCACUUGAGGAUUGCAAGCUGCUUGCAUUGUCAAACAUUGAUUUCUUAUCAAGCUCCCUCCAAACUGUCAACAAGACAAGUGGUGUUCUUUCUAGCUUGGAUGCUGAUGAUGCCCAAACCUUGCUUAGUGCCAUUUUAACCAACCACCAAACUUGUUCUGAUGGGAUUGAAUCUCUGCCAUCUUCAGCUGGGAGUGCCAUCAGUGAUCUGUCGGUUCCAAUUUCUAACAACACAAAGUUGUACAGUGUCUCUUUGGCUCUGUUCACCAAGGGUUGGGUGCCUAAGGACAAAAGUGGGGUGCCAAAGCGACCCAAGAGGCAAUUCAGAUUCGGAAAGGGACGGUUGAACCUGAAGAUGUCAAGCCACGCUCGUGCAAUUUAUGACGCUGCUAUCAAUCAUCGGAGAAGAAGGCUUCUUCAGGUAGGAGAUGAAGAGGUUUUGGUGAAGGACAUUGUGGUUGUGAGUCAAGACGGAAGUGGAAACUUCACGACCAUCAAUGAGGCCAUAGCAAUCGCACCAAAUAACUCCGUUGCUAGUGAUGGCUACUUCUUGAUAUAUAUCACUGCCGGUGUAUAUCAAGAGUAUGUGUCAAUUAUAUCGAAAAAGAAGUAUCUGUUGUUCAUCGGAGACGGUAUCAACCAGACAAUCAUCACAGGAAACAACAGUGUAGGAGAUGGCUCGACAACUUUCAACUCUGCUACUUUAGCUGUGGUGGCAGAAGGGUUUAUGGCAGUGAACAUUACUGUUCGUAACACGGCUGGACCAAGCAAAGGGCAGGCAGUUGCACUCCGAAGCGGGGCAGAUUUGUCAGUUUUCUAUAGCUGCAGCUUUGAAGGCUACCAAGACACCUUAUACACGCAUUCUCUCAGACAAUUCUUCAGAGAAUGUGAUAUCUAUGGAACAGUUGAUUUCAUAUUUGGUAAUGCUGCUGUUGUUUUCCAAAACUGCAACAUAUAUCCUCGUCAGCCUAACAAAGGGCAAUUCAAUCCCAUCACUGCUCAAGGUCGAACCGACCCGAACCAGAACACAGGGACCUCAAUUCACAACUGCACUAUUAAACCAGCAGCCGAUUUGGCCUCAAGUAACUUCACUGUCAAGACCUAUCUAGGAAGGCCAUGGAAGGAAUAUUCAAGAACAGUUUACAUGCAAACUUUCAUGGAUAGUUUUAUAGAUCCUGCUGGUUGGCAUGAUUGGAGUGGUGAUUUUGCACUGAGCACAUUGUAUUAUGCUGAGUACAAUAACACAGGUCCUGGAUCCAGCACUGCCAAUAGGGUUACAUGGUCUGGUUACCAUGUGAUCAAUUCAACUGAUGCUGCGAAUUUCACAGUUUCCAACUUCUUGCUGGGGGAUAAUUGGUUGCCUCAAACUGGUGUGCCUUACACUGGUGGCUUAAUUUGAGCAACUUAAUGUUAAAUUUAUUGUUGUGUUUGUUUUCCUUAAUGUCUUUUGUUUAAGAAGCAUCAAAGCUUCCAGCUUCUGUAACUCAAGUUUUUUUGUAAACUGUGGAAAGCAAUAUUUAUUUCUUCAAAUUGGAACAUGUGUAUGAUUUCUUCAUAAUUAGAAUAAAACUCUUUUGCA